CGCGAAAGCUCUAUCCGCCAAAGGUGCUGGAAGCCUUUGGUGGCUAUCACAAUGUCGCCCCCCAACCAAGAAAGAAAUAUGUGAAAAAUCACAUAUGACCAAGUUGUUGAUCUUACAACUGGGUAGAUAAAGACAAGCGGAGGAAAUUUCUACUUUGGGCACUUGCUUGCUAUAUAUCUAUCCUUGAUCUUGCAUAUGGCUGAGUCUUUUUGAGUGCCUUUUUGCUUCAUUUGCGAACCGCACCCUCAUCUGUCAGAACGUGCAGCAGUUGACUAGCCAGACCUAGACAUUCGGCAGCGGCUCGCCAAUGUCAUUGUCUGGCUUGCAGAGCACAUUGUUAAGCUCUAAAGGCUCUGAAACAACUUAGAGUAAAUCUUUUUGAAUCUGGGGAGACCAAGCGCACUCCCUAACUUUCAGCGAUGCGGAUCUCUGUCCCAGUAACGACCUUGAGGUACUAUUCCUAGAAACUGCACCACCGCCUCUGAAGCCGCUGUUGCCAGCAAUGUCUCUCUUGAAAAUUAACAAACAAAAAUACUCUAUCGCCAUUUCACUCUGAUCUCUUUUCUUCUACCUUGCGCUCCCAUAACCUCCUCUCGGAUUAUUGCGACACAAUUAUGACGGAGGAAGCACUGCAAAUAGUCCAUGGUCAAAGGGGUGACAAGGACAGAGACAGCGGUAUCAGCGACAUUGAUUCGUCUCUAGAGAGCGACAACACUUCCGUGUCAUCUAAUACUAAAGACUAUGUUGAGGAGAAUGAUAGGUUCUAUCACGCUGACUGGUUUGAUGGCCAAUAUAUGCUUCCGAACGACGAACGGGAACAGCAAAGAUUAAGCUUGACGUCGGAACCGGUACUGGAGAAUGGGCGAUUGCGUUUGCAGAUGCACAUCCCAACGCGUUGGUGACCGCAGUGGAUAUAUCUCCUAACGUGAUGCCGAUAUGGACGCCGCCCAAUUGCAACUUCCUUGUCGACGACGCUGAGAAUAUCUUAGGAAUGGGAAACAAUGAGUUUCAUUACGUCCAUGUACGUCUACUCCAUGGAUUUCGCCGUCCAACUCACUUCAUUAGACAUAUUUGGGAAGCUCUUCUACCUGGUGGCCAUGUUGAGAUCACGGAGUUUGAGUUCCCUUUGCAAUUCCACGACCCAGAAACAGCAAGGAGCUCAGCACUCAUGACCUGGUCAGCAAACGUGAUAGAAGGGGCUUCAAGACUGGGCAUUGAUCUGACCAUUACGAAAAAUAUCGCCACAUUACUUAAAGACGGGGGGUUUGCAGAUAUCGAAGAGAGUGUUUCCGCUUUGCCUAUUGGUGCAUGGCCAAAGAAGAAAGAAAGAAAGGAACUUGGUGUCCGUCUACAGGAAUACUGGAUGGAAACAUUGGCAGCUUUUGCUUGGAGACCACUCCGUGAAAUGGGCUGGCACAAGGAGGAAAUCCUGGGUUUGUUGGCUAAGAUGCGAACUGAAAUUUGUGGUCAAAAUAUUAGGGCAUCCAUGCAUGUGCGCACCUUUUGCGCUAGAAAGCCAUAGUUCGCU